UACGUGAGAAUCAAAAUUGCUUUGUUACUGGGCUGGUUCAAAAUUUAGAACUCAUUUCUAUGUAUCAAAAUUGUUUUUUGUUUUUGUUUUUCGUUUUUUUGAAAUUCUUAAAUGGUAAAUGUACCAUUGUGAAAUGAAAUUUCAACUCCAAAAGUUUACCCUUUUACUAACUGGAGUAAAUGGAUAAUUAUAAAGUCUUUAGUUGAAGCCAUCACUAGUAAAGAAUUUGGAACUAGGCUGCAUAAGCAAGCCUUUGCAGGGCCACCAUUGAAUGUCAUGCCGGUGACACUGGUUUUGCUAUAACAGAAGGAAAACAUCUUCCCUUAUUAGAUAGAAGCUUUCUGUAAUUUUGACAGUGCCAGUUCAGGAUGACUAUAAUGCUGCUCUGCCUUCUACAGCUUGCUGCACCGCUCUGUAGUUACUCUAUAACUAUACAUUUCUAUCUUUUUUGGUUAAACACUCCCUGAAGGUGAUAAAAGAUGAUGUGAUGAUAUAUAUACAUCCACAUUGUACACAUCGAUAUAUGUGUAAGGAUUUCCCUUCAUCUUUAUUUUGUGGGCUGGGCAAAAUUUAGUGUAACAUAUUAAUAUACUUCAUGAUACUUUGGUAGAAGAGGAAGUUCACUAUUUUUAUAAUGAACCCAAAUUUAAAAGCUUUUGUAGUGUAUUUUAAAAGGGAAAACUUACCCAAAUGUUUUAUUUCUACACAUUUGUGUAUGUGUGUGUGUGUGUGUGUGUGUAUAAGCCAGUUAGUAUAUAUGUAUAUGUAUAUUAUACAUAAAACACUUUAUAUUUUUACAUACAAGUAUGUUUUUAUUAUACAGAUAAUAAAGAUGGGGGAAGGUUUCUGUUUUUUUC